CUCUUUUAACUCCCCCAACUAUCUUUUUCUCAGUCUCCCUUCCUGGCCGAUAUGCAAUUCAUUAUCCCCGCCACUGCCCCGUGCAUUCUCGGAAAGGCAACUCGUUGCCACGCACUAGCGAUACCCAAUCUCGAUUCCCGCGCGAUGGGCAGUGCAGAAUGAGACGGUGCGGGACCUAGGCAACGGCCUCCUGCGCCGUGAAAAGCUCUGAAUCCAUCUGCGCUUGUAUCGGCUCCGCCAAAGCUGUAGCUCUCACGCCCGUUUCAGUGCAUACACCGUCGAGAGCUGAGGUGAAUCGCACCGCGUCAGGCCGAGCACAGCUAAGUAGGGAUGACUCCGGAGGAGGAGGAUUUCAUGAUCGGCAGGCGAAUUGGAGCGCAGCCUCCGCCUCAACAGCAGGAUGGAAUAAGAGGCUGGUCCCGAAUCCUGUUCAGUAUCGAAACUCAGCCUCGUCCACUACCCCAGAAGCACCACAAUGUUCACGACGCGUGCCCUCAUCUGUCUCGCAGUCGCAUUCUCUGCAUCCCCAACCGUGAUUGCAGCUCCGGUCACAAGGUUUGCGUCCUCAGCUAAUGCAGCCUCCACCCCCUCUUCCAUCAACCUACCAGCACCGGCGUCAACAUCGCAUGCGGCUCAUAAGUUUUCCCCCGCGUUCUGGGGCCGAAUUGCAGAGCCUAAAGUGGAAUAGUACAGAUAGACUCGUUCCAAGUCCAACAUAUCAACUACGCAUAUACCCCUAUUGGAAUCCAUAUACCCCACGCGUCUAGGCUGCAGCGUAUUUAUUUCCUCGUUCUAAUCCGUAAAUAAAUACUGCAGUACUUGAGUAGAGUAAAACACAUCCGCACGAUCCGCACGGUCAAGUUUAGUACACCUUACUUGGCUCAGCGUUUUAGUCGAUUCAAUUUAUAAACCGCAACAUCCAGUGUACCUUCAAAACGAGUUUGAA